CCCCCUUGGUCAGUCUUCAGGAUGGCUCUCGCAGUCUGGCUCAUCUUCACCUGUGCUGUGGUUUUCAGCAACAUUGCUCCGUCGUCUCAAGCCCUGAGUCGGUCAGCAAUGCCCUUUGGCUUGAUGCGUCGAGAGCUGGCAUGCGAGGGUUACCCAAUCGAGCUUCGCUGCCCAGGAAGUGAUGUCAUCAUGAUUGAGACGGCCAACUACGGCCGCACUGAUGACAAGAUCUGCGACGCAGACCCCUUCCAGAUGGAGAAUGUGCAGUGUUACCUGCCUGAUGCCUUCAAGAUCAUGUCACAGAGGUGUAACAACCGCACCCAGUGUGUGGUGGUGGCGGGGUCGGAUGUGUUCCCGGACCCCUGCCCAGGGACCUACAAGUACCUGGAGAUCCAGUAUGAGUGUGUCCCCUACAAAGUGGAUCAAAAAGUCUUUGUGUGUCCGGGGACGCUGCUGCGUGUGCAGGCGGCCAGCUCUCUGCAGGAGGCGGAGCAUCAGUCGGGGGCGUGGUGUAAGGACCCUCUGCAGUCAGGGGACCGCCUGUACGUCAUGCCCUGGACCCCCUAUCGCACCGACAUGCUGUACGAGUACGCCUCCUGGGAGGACUUCAAACAGAACCGAGCCACCACCACCUACAAGUUGCCGAACCGAGUCGACGGCACGGGCUUCGUCGUGUACGAUGGUGCAGUGUUUUAUAACAAGGAACGCACGCGCAACAUAGUAAAAUAUGACCUGCGGACACGCAUCAAGAGCGGCGAGGCCAUCAUCACUAACGCCAACUACCAUGACACUUCGCCCUACCGCUGGGGAGGAAAAUCAGACAUCGACCUGGCCGUGGAUGAGAACGGCCUCUGGGUCAUCUACGCCACCGAGGCCAACAACGGACGACUGGUGGUCAGCCAGGUGAACCCGUACACCUUGCGCUUUGAGGGCACCUGGGAGACCAGCUUCGACAAGAGGCUGGCCUCCAACGCCUUCAUGGCAUGUGGGGUGCUGUACGCAGUGCGCUCUGUGUACCAGGAUGACGACAGCGAGGCGGGCGGCGACCUGGUGCUGUAUGCCUACAACACCAACCGUGCCCGCGAAGAGCCCGUCCACAUUCCCUUCCCCAACCCUUAUCAGUACGUUUCCUCUGUGGACUACAACCCUCGAGACAACCAGCUUUAUGUGUGGAACAAUUAUAAUGUGCUGCGCUACCCACUGGAGUUUGGACCGCCAGACCCCACCACGGGCCCUCUGACCACCACCCAAGUGACCACCACUAUUCCAGCCAGGCCAUUCACCUCCAGUGCCAGCCCCGCCACCGCCCGCCCUCUAGCCCCUACCUCACGCCCCAUUGGCUCUAUCAACAAGGGCCCUGACCUGCGACCAAUCACGGCCACCGUGCCUGUGACUCGCCGACCGCCGCGCCCUCCUCAAGGCCCUGUGCCCCGCUUUUGUGAAGCCAGGGUGGCUCGGGGCGUCCAGUGGCCCGCCACACAGAGAGGAGAAACAGUAGACCGCCCCUGUCCCAAAGGAUCUUUAGGUAUUGCUUCGUUCCAGUGCUUGGCGGAGCAGGUCAUGUGGAACCCGCGGGGUCCUGACCUGAGUAACUGCACCUCCCCCUGGGUCAACCAGGUGGCCCAGAAGAUAAAGAGUGGUGAGAAUGCUGCCAACAUAGCUGGUGAGCUGGUGAACCACACACGGGGUCGUAUCCACGCCGGAGAUGUCAGCUCAUCUGUGCGACUAAUGGAGCAGCUGCUGGACAUACUGGACGCCCAGCUACAAGCCCUGAGGCCUGGCAACAAGGAGUCGGCUGCACGCAACUAUAAUAAGCUUCAGAAGCGAGAGCGGACCUGUCGGGCCUACAUCCAGGCGGUGGUACAGACAGUGGACAACCUGCUGCGUCCUGAGGCUCUGGAGUCGUGGCAGGACAUGAACAACACAGAGCAGGCCCAUACCGCCACUAUGCUGCUGGACGUCCUCGAAAAAGGAGCUUUCCUGCUGGCAAACAACAUGUACGGGAGCCGCUUUUCGGACCGAGCCCCCAACAUUGAUCUCGAGGUACAUGUGCUGAACACAGAGAUGGACCUGCAGGACUUGUCCUUCCCACAGAACUACGCCAGUGACAGCACCAUCCAGCUCUCAGCCUCCACAGUGAAACAGUACAGUCGCAACGGCCAAGUGAAGGUGGUGUUUGUCCUGUAUAAGAAUCUGGGUUCUUUCCUCUCCACUGAGAAUGCCACCGUGAAGAUGGAACUGGAGGCGGUGCCAGGUCAAGAUGGGCGGGUCCUGGCGGUGAACUCCCAUGUCAUCGCCGCCUCCAUCAAUAAGGAGUCCAGCCGAGUGUUCCUCACUGAGCCGGUGGUCUUCACACUCAAACACCUGCAGUUGGAGAAUCAUUACAGCCCCAACUGCUCCUUCUGGAAUUACUCUGAGCGCUCCAUGACGGGCCAGUGGUCGUCGCAGGGCUGCAGGCUGCUGGACACCAACAGCACACACACCACCUGCUCCUGCAGCCACCUCACCAACUUCGCUGUGCUCAUGGCUCACCACGAGCCCGACUACCCGGGACGAAUGCAUGAGCUGAUCCUGUUUGUGAUCACCUGGGUGGGGAUUGUCAUCUCCCUCGUGUGUCUGGCCAUCUGCAUCUCCACCUUUUGCUUCUUGCGGGGCCUGCAGACUGACCGCAACACAAUCCACAAGAACCUCUGCAUCAACCUCUUCAUCGCCGAGCUGCUCUUCCUCAUCGGCAUUGACAAGACACAGUACCAUAUCGCCUGUCCCAUCUUUGCCGGGCUUCUGCAUUUCUUCUUCUUGGCUGCCUUCUCCUGGAUGUGUCUGGAGGGCGUGCAACUCUAUCUCAUGCUGGUGGAGGUGUUUGAGAGCGAGUACUCCCGCAAAAAGUACUACUAUCUGUGCGGCUACUGCUUCCCCGCACUGGUGGUGGGCAUCUCCGCGGCCAUAGACUACAGGAGCUAUGGGACCAAGAAAGCAUGCUGGCUGCGAGUGGAUAACUAUUUCAUCUGGAGCUUCAUUGGACCUGUUUCAUUUGUUAUUAUGCUCAACCUUGUUUUCCUCAUGAUCACUCUACACAAGAUGAUCCGCAACUCCUCAGCACUCAAACCUGACUCCAGCCGCCUGGAUAACAUUAAAUCAUGGGCUCUGGGAGCCAUCACCCUGCUGUUCCUGCUAGGGCUGACAUGGGCCUUUGGUCUCCUUUUUAUCAAUGAGAACACAGUCAUUAUGGCCUACCUCUUCACCACCUUCAAUGCCUUCCAGGGCAUGUUCAUCUUCAUAUUCCACUGUGCCCUGCAGAAGAAGGUCCAUAAGGAGUACAGUAAGUGUCUGCGUCACUCCUACUGCUGCAGCCGCACCUCCACCACCAGCUCCCACGGCUCCCUGAAGAACUCGGCCCUGCGAGCCAACAAUCGCUACUACAGCGGCAGCCAAAGUCGAAUCCGCAGGAUGUGGAAUGACACGGUUCGGAAGCAGACGGAAUCUUCUUUCAUGGCAGGAGAUAUCAACAGCACCCCGACACUCAACCGCGCAACCAUGGGCAACCACCUCCUGGCGAACCCAGUAUUACAGACUCGCACCGGUACCUCUCCGUACAACACUCUGCUGGCUGAGAGCUUCACUCCGCCCUCACCUGGGGUUUUCAACUCCACCGGAACCUUCCGUGACCCAAAGAGCACACUAUCUAAGGCACGUGACCCCUGUGGGAUGGAGACUCUGCCCCUGAAUGGAAACUUCAACAACAGCUACUCUCUGCGCAGUGGGCCGGGUGGUGGCGGCAGCUGUGACUUCUUGGGCAGCGGGGGUGGAGACAGCCCCCCUCCUCUGCUCAAUCCCCGCGGCUCCGAGACUCUGGGAGGUGGAGGCAUACGAAGAAACCUCUCUGAUGCGGCGGCCUUCGAGAAGAUGAUCAUCUCUGAGCUUGUGCACAACAACUUGAGGGGCAGUGGUGCCGGAGUUGGAGGAGGAAGUGGAGGAGGUGGCGCAGACAGGGUAUGCGGCAGCCUAGCAAGGGGUCGUCCACAUGGUGGGGUUGGGCGGGGGGCGGCGGGAGUCGGGCCGGAGCCGUCAAUGAGCAUGGAUGAAGAUGACGACUUCCUUAGGGAGAGAGAGGGUCGCCAGCGCACGCCACAGGAUGUAGAGCUGCUUUAUAAAGCCUUGGAGGAGCCCCUGCUGCUGCAGCGUGCCCAGUCGGUCCUCUACCAGAGUGAUCCGGAGGAGUCGGAGAGCUACACAGCCGACCUCACCGAGAGCCUGGGCCACAGCGGCCACAGUGCUGGCGGGCAAGGAGGCAGCGGAGCACCUGACUCCCCCGCCCGGGACUCCCUGUACACCAGCAUCACCAACCUGCGAGACUCACCAUACCCGGACAGCAGUCCCGAGCCCCUGGAGGUGGUGCCCCGCUCGGCCCAGCCCCCUGAGGAGCUGUACUACAGCUCCGGGAGGCCCGCCCUGGGCUCCCGCGGAGCCCCCAUGCAGACCUUCUACCAGGCCCCACCCCGCAGACCAAGUGGGGAGGGACACCCUGCCCAGGAGCCUGCCCACAGCGAGGGAGAUGGACAGAUGCAGCUGGUCACCAGCCUGUGACUGGAGCCUGGAGGAUGAGGGUGGGGACCCAUGUGAUGAGAGAGCCAGAGCAGCCUCCUAGCCCGCUCUCGCACUCGCUUCUCUCCACUUCCUGCUUGUUUGGUUGCCUUUCUUUCUCUCAAUUUUUAUUUAUCUGACAGAUGAGCACACAGAGUGACCUUCAGGGGGAGUUGUGGCUGACUCCACAGAAGUAGCCACUGUCUUUGACCUUCCCCUGUCGUAUGGAGAUGAGUGAUGGGUGGUUUUCUCCAGAGCAUUCAUCCACUCUCUCCGACCCUGGUACUCCCCAAUCCCCUUGGUACCCUAAGGCCAAGUCCAGCACUCUGAAUGUACCUAUCCACCCCCUUUACCUUCAGAUAUUCAAAACUUUAAAACUUUGGUAAAGUUUUUAUGUAAUUUCUCUUCAGACCUGCCUCCGGAGAUGGGAAUAUCAUUUUAUAAUUCCUCUAUUCUCUCUUCUCCUCUAUAUUUACAUUUCCCAUUCUUACCCUCCAUAGGUCUUUUUUUGAGUCAUCAUCCAAUAGGAGUAGUUAGCUGUGGAGACAGGGAAUAUAAUACACCAUUAUACCCUAAAAAAGUCUAACAGAAAGCUCUUCAGUGUUGCCAAAAAUACCUUUUUUUAAGCCAGAACAAAAACUGGAACAUUCACCAGGCACAUGCACACACUCACUCGCACUCACUCGCUCGCACACUCACACACUCGCGCACACAUACACACACACACACACACACACACACACACACACACACACACACACACACACAUACAGUAACACACACUCACUCAUACAGAAGUGCUCAUUACUGAACAUCAAAAAUGAAAACAGCACUCCAUCCAAGUAAAAAGGGAGCAAGAACUAUUGUUCCAAGCAGGCAGUGGGAGCUGCUUCAGUGUAGUUGCCUUCAUUUUCUCUUGCUGUGAACCAACGACGAUGUACAGAAGUGGAGUAGAGGCAGAGACGGAGACUGAGGAGGUGCUGAGCCGCCCCUCCAGAGCUGGAGAAUAUUAUUGUCAGCCUACACCCAGAAGACUGGCCAAUCCUCUCUACUCUUCUCCCUCUCUGGUUGUUUUCUUAAGGCAUUUGAAAAAUAAAUGACUGCCUCACUAUCUUUGGAAGAGAGUAUCUAUCUUGUUGACUUUGUGUCUGCAUCCUCUUGGGGCUGUGAGAGCGGACUGGCGUUGCCCCCUCCGUACUGUGCUAUUACAGUAGAUCCUAGCCAGUGGAAGUGGACAUGUUUCCUGUAUGUGGUUGUGACAAACACACUGUAAAUGUUGCAAUCGAAUUGGCCGGCCGAUUGGUCUAACUCUGUACAUAGGAACCACACACAGCGAAAUGACUUUAUUCCUACUAUGUAAAUAGAGAAACCAGACGAUCAAAAGCAACAAAAAAAGUAACAAAUACUAUGAAAAAUGACUUCUUGUACUGCAACAAACUGACAAAAGAAAAAAUAAAAUGUUUUGGAGUUUGUGACCUGAAUGAUA